CGAAGGGAGCGACCAUGAAUGGUGCCAUACCAUGGUUUUCUUUGGCAUCUGCACCCUUGUUUGCGCAUUGCUGAUUUUACCUCUUAUUUUCGUUGUAGAAUAUCGUUCUCGCUAGUAUUGUCCAUCAAGACCAUUGUCUUCUGUCUUCACUAACAUGCCGUUCACAACUCCGUCGUACAUCUCCAAGCUUCCUUUUGACCCCCCAGACUCCAUACCGAUCCAUGAAUUUCUCUUCAGCAAUGGAGAUAAGUACGGUCGAUAUCCGAUUGCGGAUUCUUUACCCCCAUUUACUUGCGGCAUCACUGGAAAAUCUCAUUCUGCCGCUGAUGUGAAGGAUCGCAUAGAGUGGCUUUCGGCUGCUCUCGCAUCAGAUUUGGGCUUUGAUGUUAAUAAUGGGAGCGAGUUCGACAAAGUAAUAGGACUGUUUAGCUUCAACACGAUCGAUACCAUGCUCGUCUCAUGGGCAGCACAUCGCUUCUCAGGAAUUUCAUCGCCAAUCAGCCCCUCAUAUUCGAUAGCCGAGCUCACUAGACAGCUUAAAGCAGUCAAAUGCAGAGCGCUUUUCACAUGUGCAACACUCUUUCCCACGGCCCUUGAAGCGGCUCUUGCAGCGGGCAUUCCCAAAGCGCACGUGUAUCUACUAGAAAUCCCCGAGAAAGCGCUGAAAGGCGCCAAGGUGCCCAUUGAUAUCAAGUCGCUUGAUCAGCUUGUUGCUGAAGGAAAGGAGCUGGCUCCUCUGCCACAGCUUAAAUGGUCUCAGGGUCAAGGUGCUCGCCAGACUGCCUUCUUGUGCUCUUCUAGUGGAACGUCUGGGCUCCCAAAAAAUGUCAUGAUCUCACAUAGAAAUAUUAUCGCCAAUACCCUACAAAUCAGCACAUACGAAUCGAAUUACAAAAGUGGAAAGCCAGAGGCUUUGCUUGCUGUACUUCCCAUGAGCCACAGUUACGCCCUGGUUAUCACAGGGCAUGCCGGAGUGUAUAGAGGCUACACUGCAGUUGUAUUGCCUGGGUUUGACCUUAUUGAUGUGCUUGAAGCAGUACAGAAGCAGCAUAUAGAAACGCUCUGGAUGGUUCCUCCCAUGGUAGUAGCCUUGAUCAAAAACCUAGAUACUGCUGAGAAGUACAAUCUUACACAUGUUAAAAGUACUGUGGUUGGCGCCUCAAAUCUCACGAAAGAGGUUAAUGAGCAGUUUACUCGGCUUUUCCCCAAUUGCCAGCUUAUCCAGGGGUAUGGCCUCACCGAAACUUCAGUAGUGGUUUCUAUGCAGAAUAGAGCAGACAUCAUGUUUGGCUCUUGCGGCCACUUUAUUCCUGGCUAUGAGGGUCGACUAGUGGACCGAGAUGGCAAGGAGGUGACUGAGCUAGACACGCCUGGAGAGCUUCUUUUGAGAUCACCGACGGUAAUGCUGGGAUAUCUGGACAAUGAGAAAGAGACGAAACAAGCGUUUACGGUCGACAAGUGGCUACGAACCGGUGACUUGAUGGAAAUUCGUAAAAGUAAUAAUGGCAACGAACACCUCUUCAUUGUCGAUCGAGUGAAAGAGUUGAUCAAAGUUCGGGGCAUGCAAGUUUCUCCGACCGAAAUCGAAGCUCUCCUCUCUAGACAUUCUUGUGUCGCAGAUGUCUGUGUCGUUCCACUUCCUCAUGACAUCGCCGGUGAAUUGCCGCUCGCAUUUAUCGUGCGGACACCAGCCGGCAAGGACGCAGAUGAGCGAGCACUAAAGCAGGAAGUCCACGAAUUUGUUAAUCAAGAGUUGGCAGAUUAUAAGCACUUAGCUGGGGGUAUUGAAUUCCUUGAAGCACUUCCCAAGUCGGCGAGUGGAAAGACGAAGAGGGGAGACAUGAAGGAACUAGCCAAAAAGAUGGCUGAUUCGAGCAAGGCGAAGAACACACCAAAAGUGCUGCAGGUGUAUGUAUAUGAGACUUCUGACGAAGAUAGUGAAGAUGGCGAAUGAGCAUCUGGCGAUUCUUAUUUUACUAUACGACGGACUGAAAAUAGGAGGUGUAGUGGAUAAUACUUCCUCGUGGUUUACUUUGUCUCACUUUGGUGAAAUUGUUUACGUGUCAAGACUCUAUUACUCUGCCUCGCUAUUUUGUCCUAAGCAGUAGUGAUAACAUAUUAUUUUCCCUAUCUAAAG